AUGGCCGAAUACAGAGGUGAAUUUCCACAAAACGAAGGUCGUAUAUUAACAGUCGGCUUCAUGAAGAAUGAACUUCCAAAGUAUCAUCCAUACUAUGAAGAUCCACCAGUUCAUUAUGAUAAUCAGGAUGCGCACUAUGUCAAUGUUCAACACGCAGAAGUGCCAGAGAUGACAUCGCCUACGCCAGGUCCAGAGGCUAGCAAGAAACCAGAAGAAAACGCCUGUAAGGCAAUGACAUACUGGAACAUGAUAUUUCCUUCGGCUAUGAAAGAAUUAAAAAGUAUGCCAGAGGUAAAGGCGCCUAAGAGCCGCAAGCCAGCAAGCCUAAUCCAUGGACUAGAAGCGGUGGCUAAAGGGGGGGAUUACGAAAAGCCUCUCCGCGAUAGCCUUACAGCUAUUACGGCUCGGAGCAAAAAGCUGAUGGCACAGGUAUUAAAGACUCAUACGCGUGACUUCCAUAGAUACUCGCGAGCCAGCCUGCAGAUUUUCGAGCUUAUUCAAGAAGGCCAAGGGAAAGUGGCAGACAAUGUCACGAGAGUGAUUGAAAAUACUGAUGUACUCAUCAGCGCGGCUGAUGGCAUGAAUGCCAAACUUAACUUGCUAUUGGAUAAGCAUGAAGAAGCGGUGGAAAGGAUCCGCCGGCAGAAUAGCGAAAUUCAUAAGCAAAAGGAUAGAAUUUACAGACAAAGCCGUGAGUUAAUACAUUCGAGAUCAACACACCUACAGGGUAUUCUAGCUAAUAAAUACCUCCCCUUCCACAGAACUUCUCGUCGAAGGUGCACAAAAGAUUGA